UGAACUUGAGGUUACCCUUGAUGACUUUGUCAACUGCACUGAGGAAAUCCUUCUCGGAUGCAACCUUUCUCCUUGCGCGAAUGGCAUACAUGCCGGCCUCGGUGCAAACACUACGCAGCUCAGCACCAGUUGCGUUGGGGCAGAGACGAGAGAUGAGCUCCCAUCGGAUGUCCCGCUCAACCGACAUGGAUUUAGCGUGGAUGCGCAGAAUGUUAGCUCGGCCCUCGAGGUCGGGCAGUGAGAACUCGAUCUUUCGAUCGAUACGGCCGGGUCGCAUGAGCGCAGGGUCCAAUGUAGAGGGUCUGUUGGUGGCAAACAUAACCUUGAUGUUUCCACGAGCAUCGAAACCAUCAAGCUGCGUAAUAAGCUCCAGCAUCGUUCGCUGAACCUCGUUGUCUCCACCAGCACCAUCGUCAAAUCGAGCACCACCGAUGGCGUCGAUCUCGUCGAAGAAAAUGAUGCAUGCCUUCUUUGUACGGGCCAUCUCGAAAAGCUCCCGAACCAUCCUUGCGCCCUCGCCGACAUAUUUCUGAACCAGCUCACUACCAAUAACUCGGAUAAAGGUGGCGUCUGUUCGGUUGGCAACAGCUCGGGCGCAGAGGGUCUUUCCGGUUCCAGGAGGACCAUAGAGGAGGGCACCCUUGGGAGGAUCGAUACCGAGGUUGACGAAGCGCUCAGGAGACAGUAGAGGCAUUUCGACAACUUCCCGUAGCUUCUCAACCUGCUCCUUACAACCACCAACAUCGCCGUAAGUGACAUCGGGCUUCUCCUCCACCGUCAUCAUUGUAACGCUCGCAUCAAUUUUGGGCGGUAGGGGAAGCAUAAUUUGGUACUUGUUCCUGUCGACACCCACGCGCAUGCCUUCUUCGAUGUCGGUAGGACUGACGCGCUCUCCAAGCUGGACAACGAAUUUUGCGAUUUGUUUGACGUUGAUCACAUAUUUGCUCUUGGCCUCGUCGCCCUUCUCGUCAGCUAUGAUUUUCGUGCAACGUGCCACCUGGAAAGGUUGCUCUUCAGACAUUCGCUGACGGUCGGCGGCGACAUCCCAUAGAUGGGGGGGCGCGAGUCCUGUGUCGGAUUCCUAUUCAUGUUAAAAGUCUGUCCUACAUUCGCAGAAUUCCCGCCCAACCUUGACGCCGAUCUUCUCAUCGACACUUUGUUGCUUCUCCUUGAUCUGCUUCUCGAGCUUCUUGAUAGAUGUACCAUAAGGCGCGGCGCCGUAUGUCUUGAGAACCUGAAUAUCCCUGACGCUGGUGUUAGCGUACUAAUCGCACUCUCAUUUCUAGGAGGGCAUUCGUACUCGUCUGUUAGAGGUGUGAUCUUCUUCUCUUCUACCUCAUCGUCGGCAAAGUUCUUCUGGUACUUCUCCCAGUUGGAGCCGGUUGCGGAAGGCUGUUGCUGGCUGUCAGUAUGGGAUAGGACACAACGAAGCUUGUAUGCCUGCACUGGGACUGACCAUGAUGAGGACCGCGGCUCUCCAAUCUUAUAAUAGUGUUUCGAGGGUUUUAUAUGAGGGCUCUGUAUUUACGAAGGCACUGGUGGAUAAACUAUGAUCAAAGAGAGUCGAAUUGUUGCUGGUGUGGUCGUGAUUGUUUGGGGUUGGAGGUGUCACAGAAUGCCUUCCGUAAUCUGUGAGUUGCCUUGAGCGAGCUUGGAGCACGGACCCACGUAAUAGUGCCGCUGGAGCCAAAAGCAGACUAGGACGCUCAGAGUUAGCUCAAGGAACCCGUCGGAGCUGGAUGAUCUCUAACCCCGAUCCAAAAUUUCUAGGUUGACAGACAAUUCCAUGGCCAGAGUAGGGCAGCCUAGGGGAGGUGGGACAUCUCCAAGAAGUCCAGUCGUGUUCCUACAAAGCCCCGCCAUCAACAUCACUUCUUUGCUUUGAGGACCUAGGGACCGCCAAAUUAUUAUCAAAACAUGUCUGCCCCUGCCGCAGCUCCAGCCCCUACAGCGGGAGGCUCUAGCAAUGCUACUUUCCGAGAUAAGGAGAAGCCCAUGGCGGUGCGCUCCUCGAACAUUGUCGCCGCUAGAGCUGUCGCGGACGCCAUCAGAACCUCUCUCGGUCCCCGAGGAAUGGACAAGAUGAUUCGAGGUGGAAAGGGCGAGACCAUUAUCACAAACGAUGGAAACACCAUGCUCAAGAGCAUGUCUGUCAUGCAUCCCACAGCAAAGAUGCUUGUCAACCUUUCUGGUGCCCAGGAUGUUGAGGCUGGUGAUGGUACAACAUCUGUUGUCGUUAUCUGCGGAAGUCUUCUUGGUGCUGCCGACCGACUUCUCUCCAAGGGCAUCCACCCUUCCGUCAUCUCCGAGUCCUUCCAACGAGCUGCCGCUGCUGCCGUCGAGGUCCUACACGAUAUGUCCCUCCCAAUCACUCUGAGCGAUACUUCCUCGUUACUGCAAGCUGCCAACACCUCGCUGUCGUCCAAGAUUGUCUCCCAAUACUCGAAUUUGCUUGGACCCAUGGCGGUGAACUCAGUCACUAAGACCAUCGACCUGAAGACCGCCGAUAACGUCGAUCUUAAGAACAUUCGAAUUGUCAAGCGAGUUGGUGGAACAAUUGAAGAUAGUGAACUUGUUGAUGGUCUCGUUCUCACCCAGCCUGUGCUCAAGAACGCUGGUGGUCCUGCCCGUAUGGAGAAGGCUCGAAUUGGUCUCAUCCAAUUCCAGCUGAGCCCCCCCAAGCCUGACAUGGAGAAUACUAUUCAGGUCAACGACUACCGACAGAUGGACAAGAUUGUUAAGGAGGAGCGAUUAUACCUCCUGAACAUGGCCAAGAAGAUUAAGAAGGCGAAGUGCAACGUUCUGUUCAUCCAAAAAUCCAUCUUGCGAGAUGCUGUCAACGAUCUAUCACUACACUUCCUGGCUAAGCUUGGUAUCCUUGCUGUCAAGGACAUCGAGCGCGACGAGGUCGAAUUCAUCUGCAAGUCAACUGGCUGCAAACCCAUCGCUGAUAUUGAUUCUUUCACCGAGGAUAAGCUGGGCUAUGCGGACCUGGUUGAGGAGGUUCAGUCGUCUGGAUCUCGCAUGGUCAAGGUAACAGGCACCAAGUCUGUCGGCAAGACCGUUUCCGUGGUUGUCCGAGGCGCCAACUCUCUGAUCCUUGAGGAGGCCGAGCGAAGUCUGCACGAUGCUCUUUGUGUGGUACGAUGCCUGGUGAAGAAGAAAGCUCUCAUCGCCGGUGGUGGUGCCCCUGAGAUUGAAAUUGCUGCACAGCUGUCCAAGCAAGCGCGUAGCUUGACAGGCACCGAGGCAAUCUGCUGGAAGGCUUUUGCGGAUGCCCUCGAGGUGAUUCCCACCACACUGGCCGAGAACGCCGGUCUCAACAGUAUCAAGGUGGUGACGGAGCUACGACACCGACACGAGAUGGGCGAGAAGAAUGCAGGAGUCAGUAUCAAGUCCGGAGGAGUCAACACCAAUAUUUCCAAGGAGAAUGUGUUGCAGCCUCUCCUUGUUAGCACAAGCGCGAUCGAGCUGGCGGCUGAGACAGUCAAGAUGAUUCUGAGGAUAGACGACAUUGCUUUGACCCGUUAGAGUGAGAUAUCCCCCCUGCAGCAUCUGCCUUGGGUUGUAUGAAAAUACCAAAAAUGGGUUCUGGAUCUGCCAAAAGCAUUGCAUUUUUUAGAAUAUGGUGAAUCCUAUAAUUCAUGCGUGGUGAUUGAUUGAGUUCCUCU